AUGGAAAGAUCCGAUUCACCAAAGCGUCAGAAUACGGAGGAGGAAACCAACUGGUAUGAUGGCCGUCCGGAGGAUUUUGAUUCCGACGAUUGCACCGACGAGGAAAUUCAGUUGUUCGACCAAGAGUUGGAUAGGAGCGGCGGGGGAUUUGAAAUCGACUUCAAGAAAUUUCGCUACUGUUUUGGUUGGAGACCAUUUGAUCUGGAUGCUGUUUCAUUGUCUAGUGAGCCUGAAACCAACAGACAUUUCAUCGCUAAGUUGGCGAACCUUGCUCUCAACCAGCACAACGAAAAAAGAGGAACGAGCUUGGAGCUGGGCAAGAUUUUGAUUGCCAACUUUCAUCCAUCUUGUGGAGUGACAUUCUACAUCUCAUUCCAAGUCAAUGAUCCUUCAGAUGGUAAUCAGAUUAAACCCUAUCGAGCAGUGGUUCGCUACCUUCCUGGAGAUAUUGAAGUAAUCUCUUGCAAACCAAAAGAUUGA